GUGGGUUAGACACAUCAAGAAGCGGCUCCCUCCAGAAGCUGCAGAGCGCUGCAACCAGAGACUCUUUUUGCCCCCAAGAGGAUCAGUCGCACUGCAGCAAAGACACAAGUGGACACUUUUCAACAAGAUGCUGCUUCAAAGAGUCAGACUUGUCCUUCUCCUUAGUGUGGUUUGUCACUUGACUCGAGCCUUUCCCACCCAAAUGCCAUCUGCAUAUGACGACAUCCCUUCUCUCCAGGUGAACAUUUCCCACUCCGGCGUCCUUUUCGCCCCACUGGGCCGAUCCGUCGUCAUCCCCUGCUUGGCGUCCUCCACACCCAGAAUGCUGCCACGGGUGAAAUGGACGCUGUUGUCCGGCGGGCAGGAGACACAAAUCUUAGUGGCGCGAGGCGACAGGGUGAAAGUAAACGAGGCGUACCUAGGUCGUGUGGCUUUGCUCAACGACUCGUCCUCCCCCGGGGAUGUGUCGCUACGCAUCUCAAAUUUACGCUCCAGUGACUCGGGUCACUAUCGUUGUGAGGUGCAGCAGGGCCUGGAAGACGCCAGUGAUCUUGUCCAACUCAAGGUCAAAGGUGUUGUAUUCCACUACAGGGAUGCCACGGAUCGAUAUUUCCUCUCAUUUCAUCAGGCCAAGGCAGCUUGCAAGGCCAUUGGGGCACAAAUUGCAAAUGGGAGCCAGCUUUGGGCGGCCUAUUUUGAUGGUUAUGAGCAGUGUGACGCAGGCUGGAUAGAAGACCAGACGGUCAGGUACCCCAUCCAAAACCCUCGUGAAGCUUGCUAUGGGGACAUGGACGGGCAGCCCGGAGUGAGAAGCUAUGGACUAAUGAAUGCAGAGGAUCGUUAUGAUGUGUAUUGUUAUGUAGAACAAAUGGAUGGGGAGGUGUUUCAUGACCCCGUGCCACAGCAGCUGUCCUUUAAGGGGGCCCAGUCGUACUGCAGAGCUGCAGGGGCACAGUUGGCCUCAACGGCGCAGCUUUACGUGGCAUGGAGUGAAGGUCUGGACCACUGCAGCCCCGGCUGGCUGUCUGACGGCAGCGUGCGCUACCCUAUCAGGACCCCAAGAGAGCGAUGCGGAGGGUCUCUGGCAGGCGUCAAGACCCUGUAUCGCUUCAGUAACCAGACUGUCUUCCCAGAACCGUCCAGACUUUUUGACGUAUUUUGUUUUAAAGGUACAGAUGAUGGAAAGGAUUUCACUGUAGACAGCACCACCGAUGAGCCCAGGAGCCUGGAACAAGAUGUUGUCAUUCUGAAAGCAGAAGAGAGCGUACUACUGCUCGGCCAAAUCUCAGAGCAAGUAGAACGAGAGGCUCAGAGUGUGCUUGAAACUAUCCCCCUCUAUCCUCCAGAAAAAGAAAUUGACAUAAAUGAGCACACAUUUCUGUCCGACAAUUCAGAGAAUCCCUUAAGCACCACGGUUACUUCAGAUUUCCUAGGACCUCUUGACAGGACUUCAUCUUCGACAGAAACCUAUGACUAUGACUCUCAAAGUACAACAGGACUGAUAAACGGUACUACCCAAAGCACGGAUUCCUACCAGAACUUCACUGAAGUAGAAAACACAACAAGGCUUCCUAAGUUUAAUGGCACUUAUCUUCAUAACCUGCCAGAACCAGACACUAUGGCCAAAGGGCGCACACCGUCAUUAAACAGGGGAAAAGAACAACUGGAAACCAACUUAUAUUUUAACAGUACCGAGACUCAAGAUGAAAUCCUGCAAGCUCCCCCUGUCACUCAAACGGUGAAACAAGUGGAGAAAAGAGACCCUGCAUCACAAACGACUGAACCCCCUGCAGAUCUGACAUCUUUAUGGAUCCCAAUGAGCGGCUCUGGGGAUACUUCUCAAGAAAGUCGUCAGGAAGUGACUGUUUUCAAGCUAGUCUCAAAGUCAACCACCCACCAGACGCCCCCUGUGUCAACCGGCAGUGCUACUCCAAAGUCGUUCACAUCUGUCGCAGAUCCAACUUUCACAUCUAGAUCCAGGCAUUCUCACACUCUUGGCUCAGAUAAUCUCUUAAAGUCCAUUUCUACGCUCACAGAGGGAAGCACAAGCUUAGAAAUUGAAGACAGCUUGGAUAGCGUUGAAAGGCAGCUUCUUCCAACUCGGGCUAUCCGUUUUAAAGCAACCUCGUCUACCACUCAAUAUCAGGAGAGGCCUACUGAAUCCAUCACAGCACUCUACCAGCCAUCUGGUCACAGAGCGCUUUUUGACGUAUCUACCACCAGUUAUGAAGAAACAAGUGGACUUGAACCUGAUAUGAUCACAGCACAAACCAGCGAUCAUGUUACAUUUAACUCAACCGUCAAGGAGAAGGUUGUCGAGGAUACUACAGGGACUCCGGCCAUUGAAGAAGUUAAGGUUGUUCACAUGUUUGCACAGAAUUUUAGACCCAACAAGGCUUUUGGUAAGGAAGAAGAGAAACACCGUAACGCAGCUGCAAACUCCAAAGAAGUAACGACAAUGUUUGACGAGGAGGCUAAUGCUACUCGAAACCCAAGUGGGUCUAUCGCAUCAAUGAAAUUUAUAGAAAGUGAUGCUACUGUAAAUCAAAAAGAAGUAGCAACUACAACAACACCAAUAUUUGAAGGAACUGAAAGUACACCAAAAUUUGAAGAGAUUUUUAAUGAUUCGCUAACCCACAGAGAAGUUAAUGUCACACUAUCAUUUAAAGAGGCUACAGCUACUUUAGACCCAAAAGCAGAACCUACAGUAGCACCUACGACUAUAUUGCUAACGCCCGAAGAAAGAUUUGACAUUACCCCUAUAUUCGAAGAAGAAGCUAAAGCAAUACAAAGUCUUGAAAAAGUAGCUAAAGGAACCCAAAGACUUGAAGAGGAAGCUAAUGUCACUGCUAACUCUGAAGAGGUAGAUACAAUAACACCAGUAAAUGAAGAGGAGCCUAAAACUACGCUAAACCUUGAUAAAGUAGGUCAAGUAACACUAAGAUUUGAAGAAGUAACUAAUGCUACCACUAACUCUGAAGAAGUAGGUACCAUACCAACAUAUGAAGAGGAGGCUGAAGCUAUACCAAACCUUGAUAAGGUAUCUGAAGUAACACUAAGGUUUGAAGACGCUGCUAAUGCUAGCGCUAGCUCAGAAGAGGUAGGUACCCCGACACCAGCAUAUGAAGAGGAGUCCAAAGCUAUGCUAAAUCUUCACAGAGUAACGCAAAGAUUUGAAGAGGAGGCAAAUGUUACCCCUAACACUGAAGAGGUAGGUACCUUAACACCAGCUCAUGAAGAGAAGGCUACAGCUAAGCUAAAUCAUGAUAAAGUAGCUAAAAUAACGUUAAGAUUUGAAGAGGCAGCUAAUGUUACCGCUAACUCUGAUGAGAUAGAAACCACAACGCCAAUUUAUGAAGAGGAGGUCACAACAUUUCCUGAAAAAGAAGCUGAAAUGAUCCCAUUCUCUGUACAUUUUGUUACUCCAACCGUUCAAGAGAAAGUAAUCACAAGUUACGAGGUGGAAGCUAGCGCCACCCCCACAUUUAGCGAGGACACUACAGAGGCCAACACCCCAGACGAUGACACUUCCACUGGUCUGGCGUUUGACGAGGAGAUUACCGUCUUUCCUCUAGAUCCCAAAUCAUCAAACUGGGCUCUGCUGACCACCACAACCGAACCACAAGAGUCUCAGAAGGAUCUGGAGAUUAGCGCCAAAUCCUCAUCUCUCUCAUCCACAACAGUUCCACGGUCCCUCUCAGCUGCAGAGGCCACCAAGAUGGCCGCCGUUAGAACAACAACAUGGUGGUCCAAACGCACUUGGAGCCCUACCACCGCUACACCCAAAGUCUUCCACUGGACACCGGAGCCCCAGACAGUGACAAUGAUGAAUGUUGACUUUAGCCCCACCCAGGCUCCAACCCGCCAUGUUUUGCCCAAUGAGAAGGCAGCUGUGGGCGGUAAAGUAGGAAUAGCAGAUGCUUGCGUCCAUGACCCCUGUCUCAAUGGGGGCACCUGCAUGGAACAGGACGGACAGAUCCAGUGCCUCUGUUUGCCGACUUAUGGAGGAGACCUCUGCGACAAGGACCUGCAGAACUGUGAACCAGGCUGGGACAAGUUUCACGGCUUCUGCUACCGACACUUCGGCCAGCGUCUGAGCUGGGAGGUGGCCGAGCAGCACUGCCGCAUACAGGGGGCUCAUCUGGUCUCCAUCAUGACCCCAGAGGAGCAGGACUACAUCAACAACAACUACAAAGAAUACCAAUGGACUGGCUUGAAUGAUAAGACGAUUGAGAAUGAUUUCCAGUGGUCUGAUGGCAACCCUUUGUUGUAUGAAAACUGGUACCGAGGGCAGCCUGACAGCUACUUCCUGUCCGGGGAGGAUUGCGUAGUGAUGGUGUGGCACGACGAUGGCCGCUGGAGCGACGUGCCCUGCAACUACCACCUUGCCUACACCUGCAAGAAAGGCACCUCCUCAUGUGGCCCGCCGCCUAGGGUCCGGAAUGCAUCCAUGUUCGGAAAGCCCCGUCAGCGCUACGAGACCGAUGCUGUGGUGCGUUAUCACUGCAAUCAGGCUUUCCAGCAGAAACUGAACCCUCUGAUCAGGUGUCUCCCAGGCGGUAGAUGGGAGAGGCCCCAAAUUCAGUGCUUCCCAGAGCAUGGUGGCCUGGACCCUGAAAUGACAACGUCGACUGAUGGCAAUUUAGCCGCCUUUCAAGAUGGAUUUGAAACCACCACAGAGUCACCACUUUACUGGGACAUCAAGUUUUAAAACUCCCGUACAAUCUGCUGUUUUAACUUGGCAAGGGGAAAAAUAGGCUUUUACCGAUUCAUGUUAUCUACUGUUUUCAUGUGUCAAAACGUCUUGCGUUAUGUCAAAAAGUAUGUUUUUUUUCAGAAUGGUGCUCAUAUCUUCAAUAUCACAUAUCCCACCUGCUCAAGUUUUAGGCCUGUACAUGUAAGAGUGUAUAGAGUAACCUUUCUGCUCUCCCCUCCCCAAAAGAAGGAACCCUGAACAUGUUCAGAAAAUUCAGAGAGACAUUUUGCAUUUGAUUAUUUUGCAGCAGACACAGUUUUGUUCGUCAGCUUUAUGUUGUAAUAAAGUUAUGUAGA